UGGGUACAUGUGUGCGUGCCCGCUGGCGCGCGCGCUCAGGUAAGCUCGGAGGGGGCGGCGCGAGAGGGAGAGCGCGCGCUGUUGGUGAUGCUGGUGCUGGUGCGAGUCAUGGCCGCCGCCAAGCAGACAAUUUGAAAUUAUCUCAUAAAUCUGGAGGAAGCGAUGUAGGCAGCACCUGAGUUGGAAAGGAGCCCGCGGCUCACUGUCUUUUUAUUACCUUGGAAAAGCUUUGUGUAUUCAUUCAAUGCCUAACAUUACAGACUCUCAGCUAGAGAGUGGUUCUGGAGAAAAUGAACAUGGACCUGGAAGAACAGCUUCAGAAGUGAAUCUCCACGGUACUGUAAAACCGUUCUGUGCUGCUGGUGCCUCCGUUGCCUCUCUUGGAUCUAGUGGGGACAGGCAUUAUCCAUGGGGAUGCCCCGUCACACAUACCCGAGAAAAGUUUUACACUAUCUGUUCAGACUAUGCUUUCUUAAACCAGGUAACAUCCGCUCGCAAAAGCCCAAGUGCUACAGUUAGUGCCUGCCUACAAGACAACACUGCCUUAAAUGUUAGGAACAAUUCGCCUGGUUUCACUGGCAUUCGGACUGGUGCAUCAGACACAGUUUACAAUGAAGAUACUCACUUGGAAAGUUUGUCCAAUAGCCUUGGAAAGCUCCCAUUGGCGUGGGAAAUAGAUAAGUCUGAAUUCAGUGAUACAUCCCCGGAGCUGAAGAAUCGAGCAGGCAACAUAAAGAAGCAAGGAACCAAGAAGAUGUCUGUAGAAAAGAAGAGUAAACAAUACAGAGAAUGUCCGCAACAUUAUGCUCUUGAAGAAAUAAAACAACAGAAAGUGUUAGAUCUCCGAAGAUGGUACUGUAUAAGUCGCCCUCAAUACAAGACUUCCUGUGGAAUUUCCUCAUUAGUCUCUUGCUGGAAUUUCCUCUAUAGCACAAUGGGAGCUGGAAACUUACCUCCUAUUACUCAAGAAGAGGCUUUGCAUAUAUUGGGAUUUCAACCUCCUUUCGAAGAAAUUAGAUUUGGGCCAUUUACUGGAAAUACAACAUUAAUGAGGUGGUUCAGACAAAUUAACGACCAUUUCCAUGUAAAAGGAUGCUCAUAUUUUCUCUAUAAACCCCAAGGGAAGUAUAAGACGGCUGGGGAGACUGCUUUGGGGGCUUUGACCAAGCUAACAGAAGGACUGCGAGAUGAAUCUGCGGCCUACAUUUAUCAUUGCCAAAAUCAUUAUUUUUGCCCCAUUGGAUUUGAAGCCACCCCAAUAAAACCUAGCAAGGCAUACAAAGGGCGCCUGUUGCAUCAGGAUGUGGAACAUUGGAUACUCAUUGGAGAGCCAAGCAGGAAACACCCAACUAUUCACUGCAAAAAGUGGGCAGAUAUUGUAACUGACUUGAACACACAAAAUCCUGAGUAUCUAGAUAUCAGGCACUUGGAAAGGGGCCUUCAGUAUCGGAAGACAAAGAAGGUAGGAGGAAAUCUGCAUUGCAUCAUUGCCCUCCAGAGGCUUAGCUGGCAAAGGUUUGGCCCCUGGAACUUCCCAUUUGGAAAUGCUAGACAAGAUUUGCAGCCCCCGUCACAGACGCCAGGUAUCGCCAAGUCUGAGAGUGAAGACAAUAUUUCUAAGAAGCAGCAUGGGCGCCUGGGAAGAUCUUUCAGUGCUAGCUUCCACCAGGAAUCUGUCUGGAAGAAGUUGUCUCAUCUUCAUGAAAGGCGGAAUAGCGGAUUUCAGAGUUACACAGAUUAUGACGGGAAUGACUAAAAAGAACUGCUUGUGCAACUGGUGUACUGUAAAGUAUUCCUUAAGAUAGGUUUAAAGUACAUUAUGCACAUAGUAGAGGGAGGUUAGAAAUUUCAGUACAACAUGCAACCUUAGAAAUGUUUGCUGCAUUAAACCUGUGAAUGUUGGGGAUGCUGAAAAACCCUAGCUCAAAUAUAAGCACAGAAUAUUGUACAAUCCAGUAUAAUCAGCAAUUGACCUGCGUCUCUGACCAUGAAAUCAGAAGGGGGAAAAUCAAGAUCAAAGCCAUUGCGGGGAGGGUGGGGGGCCUGGGGAAUCUAUUAUUAGAAGAAAUAGAUAAUACUCAGAAGCAUGAGAUUUGUUAACUUCCAAAAUGAUUUAUUAAACACACAUCGUAUAAUGGUUUUAAAUGUAUACUGUACCGGUAUAUUUAGUUCUGAAAAAGAAAAUCACAAAUGCAAUAAGGACACCACAGUCCACUUCUAAAUUUACCAAACACCAAAUGUUAAAUUUGUAUCGUUAUUGGGUGAUCUCAGUUUGGUGACCGUUAGGACAUCAUUCUGUAUGGAUUACGUUCUUUGCGUUAAUUGACGACUUUAGUUGGCAGUCACAGGCGAUGAGCCUGUGAAAAAUCCUGGAAAGAGGAGGUCAUUGCUUGCUCCUUUUUGAGGAGGGGGUCAGAAAAAACUUUCACUGCCAGUUGUGCGCUCCUCCAACACCUUUUUGUGUGAUCGCUUCACAAUUUGAUAGGCUGCUUGUAAACACAUCUCUCUUCCUGCCCCCCCCCAUCAUAAAUGGCUACGAAACUGAGCACCUGAGCUUGCAAUAUUGUGCUGUUCCUACCUUACCCUUUUUCUUGUGCUUUCUGGAUCAUUUUCACUCCACUCCUUUAAUUGCUUUAUUGUUAAUAUGGGAGGUGCUUUUAAGUGCCGAAAUACACUAGCAGCCACAGUGAUAUACCUCUUUGGCCAGAACACUGUUUGUAUCUUUUCAAAUGAUCAUGUCAAGUAGCUUUAUUUGGAAAUAUAAUAUUUUGUUCUCAUUAUAGAAAAAAACCCCAGUUUAAUAAAAAAUAUCAGUGGGAUCAAGGACCAUCUUUGUUCUCGUUUUGUAAUUUUGUAGGUUUGCAGCACUGGCAAACUUUAAAAAGACCUUUCUUUUUAAUAAACAUAAUUUUCUAGUUU